CGCUUCCGCAAAGAUGGCGGCGGCUGCGGGGAGAAGCGCUCGGCUGGCGGCCUGGGGCGAAAGACUGCUGCGCGGGCUCGCGGCCGGCCGACGAGCUGUGCCGUCUCGCGGCCCUCUCGCAGCGGCUGCGGCCGGCGUGGCCCUGGCAGGCGCCGGAGCGGCAUGGCAUCACGGCCGCGUGAAAGCCGCCGCGCGCGAGGGCACCCGUGCGGUGUCGGCGCAGAAAAAUGAUUUGGGACCAGUAGAGAAACUUUCUCUCCGCAAACAGCGGUUCAUGCAGUUUUCAUCCCUGGAGCAUGACGGAGAGUAUUACAUGACACCCCGAGACUUCCUCUUCUCUGUCAUGUUUGAGCAAGUGGAGCGUAAAACACUGGUCAAGAAGCUGGCAAAAAAGGAUAUCGAGGAUGUACUGUCAGGAAUCCAAACAGCACGUUGUGGAUCAACAUUUUUUAGAGACCUGGGUGAUAAAGGGGUAAUUUCAUAUACUGAGUAUCUUUUCUUGCUUACAAUCCUCACAAAACCUCACUCUGGGUUCCACGUUGCUUUUAAAAUGCUGGAUGCAGAUGGUAAUGAGAUGAUUGAGAGAAAGGAGUUUGUUAAGCUGCAGAAGAUCAUAAGUAAGCAAGAUGGCUUCAAGACAGUGAAGACCAAUGAGACAGAAUACCAGGUAUGGAAAUUUAUGGAAAAUUUACAAACAGAAGUUCAAGAAAUGGAAUUCCUUCAGUUUUCUAAAGGUCUGAAUUUCAUGAGAAAAGAAGACUUUGCAGAGUGGCUACUUUUCUUCACUAACACCGAAAAUAAAGAUAUUUACUGGAGAAACGUGAGAGAAAAGUUGUCAGUAGGAGAGAGCAUUAGUUUGGAUGAGUUCAAGUCCUUUUGCCGUUUUACAACGCAUUUAGAAGACUUUGCUAUCGCCAUGCAAAUGUUUAGUUUAGCUCACCGCCCCGUGAGGCUGGCAGAGUUCAAGAGAGCCGUGAAAGUGGCAACUGGACAGGAGCUCUCCGACAAUCUUCUGGACACCGUCUUCAAGAUCUUUGACCUGGACGGGGACGCGUGCCUCAGCCACAGCGAGUUCCUUGGGGUACUGAAAAACAGGAUGCAUCGAGGUUUAUGGGUGUCACAGCAGCAGAGUGUGCAAGAAUACUGGAAGUGUGUGAAGAAGGAAAGCAUCAAGGGGGUAAAGGAAGCCUGGAAACAAGCUGGCAAGGGCCCCUUCUAAGGGGAAGCUGAUAGAGCUCCAGGAGCCAGAAAGUGGUUUUCCAAGAGCUGGCUGUUUCUAUGUCUUCAUUGAAUUGCUUUGGAGUGUGAAGAUGUGAAGACUCACUUUCUGAUUUGGGGAUUUGGGAGGGAUGAGGGGAGGUGAAUAAGUGUGUGCCACAGUGGGAAGUCAGAGGCCAACCUGUGGGAGCCGGUUCUCUCCGUCUACCAUGGGAGUCCCAGAGAUUGAACUGAGGUCACGAGCUUUGACAUCAAGUGCCUUUUCCUGAUAAGCCAUCUCACCAGCUCUGACUCCAUAAUUUCUUGGUGAAUUUUCAUUACACAAAGUAUUCCUUUAUGAAAAUACAUACCGCUCUAUUAAACACUUGUGUGCAAAGUGUACUUUCUGAAGGGCUAAACAAGUCAGAGAAGGAGCUCCAUUCCCAAGACAGGUACCGAUCCCAGAAGCCGUGGUAGCUUAGGGAGUGAUUGCAGUUAAAGGCUUGCUCCAGUGUGCUUUGCUCCCUGCCUUGAAAUAGCACAUAAUGCCAGUGUCCUGUCUGGCAGCAGGAUGAAGUAUUUACAUUGAUUUAAAAAAAUUAUUUCUUGUUUAGAUGUUCCAUGCUUUUGAAAUAUAAAUACAGUGUCCUCUCCCAGACACAGAGGGAGGGGGCUCAGCCAGCAAAGGACACAGCUGUGUACCAUACUUUCCUAACAAGCAGCACACAGAGUUCCAUCUAAAACCACUGGUACACACACAGAUUCACACAUCACACACAUACAGAGAUCGUAAUAGCAAGGGUUCUUAAGCUAAGGUAUCUUGGGUUGUGGGAAAUAUGGCACUAUAAAGUAGUUUGCAAUAAAUAUGAAAUAAUGUUAUGUGGAGAUGUACAUGUGUAUGUGUAUGUAUACAGGUGGACAUACAUGUAUAUAUGGAAACCCCUGCUCCUGUAACUACCCCCAUGUUUCUGAAGUGACCCCAAUAAACCCAUGAGCUCACCAAGCUAGACUUGGGUGAUA